CCUCUUCCCACAUACUAACUACAUAUACAUAUUUGUUUCUCUCAUGUGAUGUGAAAAAGUACUGAAGAACUGAUAAAAGUGUAUCGUGAUCGAAAUUUCAUCUAAUUACAUCUAUUAUUCGAUUAUUAAUUAAAAUUCGACAUUAAAAUCAUGAGUGGAAGUCAGCCAAAGAGUACCUUCAAUUCGGAUACCGAAGUCCAUAUAACCUACGAUGAUCAACAACGUAUCAAUCAGUUCGCCAGGUUGAACGCUAAAUACGAAGAUUUCAAAGAAGAUAUCCAAAUCAAAAAGAACGAUGUACAGAAUUUAGAAGACGCCGUAAACGAAUUAAUGUUAUGCGACGACGAUGAACAAAUCAUGUACAAAGAAGGAGAAAUAUUCCUCUACAAAUCCGUCUCUAAUGCUCAGAAUAGUUUAGAAGAUUACAAAACAGAAUUGCAAAACAUGACUCAGAAUAUUGAAAAAGAAAUAGUCAGUUUGAAGGAACAGAUCGAAACAUUGAAAGCUCACCUUUACGCGAAAUUCGGCAGUAAUAUUCAUUUGGAAAAUGAUGAAGAGUAAUUUAUACGUCGUGAUUUUUCGGCAUUACUUUUGUAUUCUUUUAUAUUAUCGUCUUGUUGUGGAAUCGUAACUAUUGUAACCUUUAGAUUAAAAAUGAAGCUAAUUAAUUUCA